AUGUCCGAUCAUACCAAAUCACCAGGUCCUGAGCCCACAGCGACUGGAUCUCCGCCAUUAUCAUCAUCAACAGCCAUACCUCCCAUUGAUGACAAAACCGUCUACAAUGCCAAAGCCGAGGUCCUCAACCGUGCAAUCCAAGAAAUUGGCAUGGGCCGCUACCAAUGGCAACUAUUCAUCGUGAUUGGCUUUGGCUGGGCAAGCGAUAAUCUCUGGCCGAUCGUGACAUCUCUCAUUCUCGCGCCAGUUGCAUACGAAUUCCAAAUCAGCAAGGAAGCCCUCUUAACACUCGCCCAAAAUAUCGGGCUCCUCGUCGGCGCCGUAUUUUGGGGUUUCGGAUGCGAUAUCUUCGGUCGGACAUGGGCGUUCAACCUCACCAUCGGGGUGACUGCCGUAUUCGCCUUGGUCGCAGCGGGGUCACCCAACUUUGCCGCAGUGUGCACCUUUGCCGCAUUGUGGUCCGUUGGUGUAGGUGGGAAUUUGCCCGUGGACUCUGCCAUUUUCUUGGAAUUUUUGCCUGGGUCGCAUCAGUAUUUAUUGACGGUUUUGUCGAUUGAUUGGGCUUUUGCGCAGGUUUUGGCGACUCUUGUUGCGUGGCCGCUUUUAGGGGAUCUGACCUGUUCUCAGGCCGAGGGGUGCACUAAGGCGAAGAAUAUGGGAUGGAGGUAUUUUAUGAUUGCCAUGGGUGGGUUGGCGAUGAUCAUGUUUGUCGGUCGCUUUGUCUUUUUCACUAUGUAUGAGUCGCCGAAGUACUUGAUGGGGAAGGGACGCCAUGGAGAUGCGGUGGAUGUCAUUCAUGAGGUGGCGCGACGAAAUGGGAGAACCUCGUCUCUGAAUCGCGAGGAUUUGGAUGCGUUGGACCGGGAACAAGAGCAGUCACAAGAUUUCCGUGCCACGAGCCUGGUUCGUCAGCGACUGGAGAAGCUCAACUUCGAGCACGUUCACGCGUUAUUCGAUACCCCCAAGCGAGCUUAUUCAACGGCAUUGAUUAUUCUUGUCUGGGCACUUAUCGGUCUGGGAUACCCUCUCUAUAACGCUUUUCUUCCCUAUAUCACCGCCCGUCGCGGUGUAGCGUAUGGCGAUGGAUCAACAUACGUCACCUACCGCAACUCAUUGAUUAUCGCUGUGAUGGGCAUUCCCGGCUGUCUGUUUGGUGCCUUUCUCGUUGAAAUACCACGAUUUGGACGAAAGGGCGCUCUUUCAGUCUCGACUGCAUUAACAGGCGUCUUUCUCCUGGCAUCGACCACGGCAUCGACAUCUGAUGCCCUUCUCGGAUGGAACUGUGCAUUCAGCUUCAUGAGCAGCCUAAUGUAUGCCGUGCUUUACGCGUAUACACCGGAGAUCUUCCUCACAAAGGACCGCGGUACUGGCAAUGCAUUGACCGCGUCUGCGAACCGUGUCUUCGGUAUCAUGUCGCCCAUCAUCGCCAUGUUUGCCAACCUGGAGACUGCCGUCCCGGUAUAUGUCAGUGGAGCCCUCUUUCUCACAGCCGGGGUUUUGGUUGUGUUGAUGCCAUAUGAGUCCCAAGGGAAAGCAAGUCUGUGA